AAUUAUAUCAUCUGUGAAUAUUGUUCUCCAAGCAUCUUUAAAAAAUCUGAAUGAAUUCUUGAAAAUAUAGCAAUGACGACGCCACAAAGUUCCGAACGGACUACUCCAACUAUGAGGAAAUCGCUGAAAAUAAACAAAUCCGAAAUCGUCAAGUGCCAUGAACAUUUUCUGCAGGAUUUAAACCUGUUCUGUGAUUUGUUGAGCUGUGUAUAACUGUGUAGACAAUAUGGAGGGCGUGUUGGCAGGGUGCCAGAUCGUCCUGGACCUCAGCACCAGUGUCGGCUUCAAGAAGAAACAGGAAGUCAGGAGUACCAUCACACAAAAUGGAGGAGUCAUCUCCUACAUAGUAACCAAGAAGAGUACCCAUGUUGUGCUGAAUGAUGCAGAGAAAGCAGACGUCAGCUAUAAAUGUAAAAUUGCCGCAAAGUUCCGCAUCCCUGUGGUUUCGCUGGAUUUUAUUUUUGACUGUAUCAGUCAAGGGAAGCUACUGGACACAGACAAUUACCUUCUGGUCGGGAAAACAAAAGCACAGGAAUUCAGCUCAGGCAAAAUAUCAGCUGGGAAAUCUGAGUUGAGGUCAGAUGGAAAGAAAAAGAAAACUAUUUCUACUUUUAACCCAAAGUCUGUGAAAGCAUGGAAGGAGAAAGACAAAAACAUGCCAGCAUUUGACGAAGAAAGCGAGGUUGCGAAGUUUGCCAUGUUUCAGAAAUAUGACAAGAAAUCAAACAGCACACAGUUUGGUGUUUUAGAGAUUCACGCUCUCACCAGAGUUACUGCCUUUGACAACAAGGACCCCCCACCGAGAUUCUGCGUUUGUUCUCACUCCGGAAGUGUAGAGGAUUUACAGGAUAAAGGAGACGGUGGAAGCAAGGAGUACCGCUUCGUGCAGACGUCAGAGGAGGCCCUGAGUGUGUACAGCGCCCUCUAUAAACAGAUGAAGGAUCCCCCGAGUAGCAUGAAUGUCUGUCACAAACCUCCCUGUCAGAAUAUUGGAACCAAACAGUUCCAGAAGCUGAUACUGGAGUAUGGGAUGGAAGAGACAGAGUUGUCUGCCCCUGUGGCAGAGUUGAUGCAGCACAUUUGGCGGGAGGCAGGGGGAGAGAUCGAGCAAGUCCUGAGUAGUCCACUGCAGUCCAUCAAACUGGACCAGGUUGAGAAGGCUACAGCCAUUUUGACCCACAUGAAGGAGAGCCAAUCAGACAACAGCAAACUCCAGGCUCUGUUUGAUGAGUUCUACACGGCCCUCCCUCACCGACCUCAAUACAGGACAACCAGCUUCUCCAUGUCAUGGCUGGCCAGGAAACUUGACCUAUGUCAGCUAAUCAAGGACGUAGUGUCAGUAAGUGAGGCCACGAAUUGGUCGACGCGAGGCAAUGCCGAGGCUCAGUACAAGGCCCUCAGAUGUCAGAUAUCCCACGUAUCAGGAGGCCUACCCAGACAGGUCCUAGAUAUCCUCAACCUGAAACAAGGGGAAGAAAUGAGAAUUCAGAAUGUAUAUGCCAUACAUCGGCCCUCAGAGAGUGAGAAAUUCCGCUCAGACCUGAGUUCCAGGCCGCUGUUUCAUGCCUCCAAUGCAGAAAACUUUGUUGGAAUUCUUUCCAGAGGUCUCCUAAUGCCAAAGGUCGUCGUUGAUGACUACGGAGGAAAGAGAACUGAUCCAGGAAUGCUGGGACAUGGGAUCUAUUUUGCAAGCUCUGCAAGUACGAGCAUAAAAUACUCGAAACCAAGUAAAACCAGAAACACACGGAUGAUGCUUGUCAGCCAGGUGGCACUAGGAACCACACUGGACGUGUACAAACAUCAGCGGGACCUAACAGAACCACCCAGUGGCUACCAUAGUGUCCAUGGGGUGGCUGCCACAGAGGGGGUGGAGUCUGAGUUCCAGGAUGAUGAGUUUGUUGUGUACAACACAGACCAACAAAUGCUGAGUUAUCUCGUUGAGUUCACCAUUGGCAGUGAGAUUCCUGUGGAGAUAUCUGUUGAAAAAGAGGCUUUAGAAAGGGAGGAAACUUUGUCAGAGAGCAGUAUUGACAUCAGCGACGUACAUGAUGUCACAGACCCAUUGACAAAGGUCAAGGCCGGCUUGGUUUCCAAUGACGACACCCCAGUUACUCUACUUGAAGCCCAUAUACGAGCUAAAUUGAUUGAUCUGGCCGGGGAGGUGGUGGUGUUACAAGAGUACCACAACAACAGUGACCAGGCCCUGGAGGCUAAGUACGUCUUCCCGCUGGAUGACAUGGCCGCCGUGUGCGGUUUUGAGGCGUUCAUCAACGGGAAACACAUUGUUGGGGAGGUGAAGGAGAAAGAGACAGCCCACCGGGAAUACAAGCGGGCCGUCCAGGAGGGGCAUGGGGCGUACCUCAUGGACCAGGACGAGGAAACGCCGGAGGUAUUCACGGUCAGCGUGGGGAACCUCCCCCCGGGGGCUGUGGUGGUCAUCAAGAUCACCUAUGUCACAGAGCUACAGGUGGACGGUGACCUCAUCAACUUCCGUCUCCCAGGCAGCGUGGCGCCAUGGAAACAAAAAUAUGUUGACGCACCGGAAUUCAAAGACAAGGACUGGGACACAGUCCAGGUGGAAGAUACCUGCUGUAGUGUACAGGUGUAUGUAGACAUGCCCUUUGACAUCCGGAGUCUGGAGUGUCCCACGCAUAAAGUACUCUCCAAGAGAACGGCCACUAAGGCUGUGGUGGAAAUUCCAGACGAGUCAGACCAGACAUUGGAGGAUGGAUUCCAGCUUCUGAUUGGUUUAGCAGAAAUCCACGUUCCGCGGAUGUGGGUCGAGUCGGAUGAAGGAGAGUCGCAGGCAUGCAUGUUGACCUUUUACCCUGAGUUUGAGGCUGAUGAGGAGUCAGAGGUUGAGGUCAUCCUGAUGAUUGACAGCUCCAACUCCAUGAAGGACUCCUCCCACCGUGAUGCCAAAAAGGCUGCUCUCCUUGUGUUACAUCUCAUGGAUCCAACAUGGAGGUUCAAUGUGGUCUCAUUCGGGACAGCAUUCACAGAACUUUUCCCAUUGAGUCAACCAGCCAGUAAAUUCAAUGUACAGACAGCAAAGCAGCAUAUUCAGAAAUUACAAGCAAACCAGGGUAAUACUGAACUCUACAGACCCUUACACUCUUACUACCUUCUUAAACCAGAGAGUUCCACCAGGAAUAUUUUUCUUUUCUCUGAUGGCUAUAUCAACAAUGAUGAGGAUACCCUGGCCAAAGUUUCCCAGAAUUCUCAACACACAAGGAUCUUCACCAUGGGAAUCAGCUCUGUAGCAAACCGUCAUCUUCUGAAAGCAAUAUCCAGGGUUGGAGCAGGUUCCUAUGAAUUCUAUGAUUCCAAGUUCAAAUCUAAGUGGGAAGAUAAGGUUAGGUCCCAGUUACAGAAAGCGGCCCAGCCGGUGCUUACCUCAGUAUCGGUAGACUGGCGCCAUGACGACCAGCACCCCGCACCAAUACAAGCUCCGGAACAAAUCACCGCUCUGUUCAGCAGCUCACGCCAAGUGAUCUACGGAUUCGUGGACAACUGCUACAUGGCUACUUUAAAAGCAAAGAUUGGUGGUCAGGAGAUAUCUACUGUUGUCUCGACCUCUGACCUCAGUGUUACUAAGGGCAAGAUGCUGCACAGAUUAACUGCCAAGGGAGUGAUCCGAGAUUGGGAGGAUGGAGUUCUCUCCCCUGAUAGGACCAGUCAUGAGGUUAAGAAGAUGAACCUGAAACAAUAUGUCAUCGAGCUGAGCAAGAGGUACUCCAUUGUGACCUCACUGACCAGCUUUGUAGCCAUUGAAAAACGAGAAAAGGAUGAGGUUAUCCCAGAUUCUUUCCCAGAUGUUGGGGAUUUACUGAUCAAAGAGGAUGUAGAUAUGCUGAAAUACCUUUCCUGGGACAAUGAGGCAGAUACAACUUCCUAUGAAGAGGACACAUCAUCAGAAGAAGGCACAUCAUCAGGAGAUGAAGAAGAAGAAGAAAAAGAAGAAUAUGCAGAGGAAUUGUAUUCAUUAGAAUGCAUGGUAAAUUAUGAGAUGGAAGAAGUGGGAGAUUCCUAUGAAGAAUUUUUUGACGGAGGAGGAGGUGGAGGAGGAACAGAGAAAAUUGAAAGUACUGAGGGUUGUUCAAUGUUGUCUGAUGAUGAUGAAGAAGACGACCUUCAACCCAUAGUGAUGGACAUGGGCUCUCUCUUCAUGAAGGCGGGGUUUGCUGGCGACGACACCCCUCGGGCCGAGUUUGAGACCACGGUAGGGCGACCCAGGCACCAGGGGGUCAUGGUGGGCAUGGGACAGAAGGAUGCCUAUGUUGGAAAGGAGGCCACAGGUUCCAAACCUAUAGCUGGGAAAGUUUUAAAAGGAAAGUCACCAGCUGAUAAGGCCCAAGAUAAAGUAGUGUUGCUUGGCAAAAUGUCAUCAGAAAGGACGAAAAAGAAGCUAGCUGGUAAAGAAAAAAGUUACAGUAAAGUUUGCAGUAGUGAUGAAUCGGAUGUUGAUGAUCUCGGAUUUAAUUUGUUUGGUGACGACGAUGACGAUGACGACUAUGAGAGGCCGCAAAGUUUUAAAUCUACAGGCAAGAUAUCUAGUAUAAUUGGACAACCACUGUCUGCAAAAAAUUUAAGAGUGGAUACUUUUAAGCCACCAGAGGUACAACUCCAAUCAGCUCCUUCUUCAAUGUCUGGAUUGGCAUUACCCGGUGUGAUGAGAGGGGGCGUUUCUUCCAGAAAGGUACAUGGAAAUGUGUCUAAAGGAGCAGUUCCAGCAGAGAAAUCCAAAGGAGUUGGUUAUGGGGCAUCUGAAAGCUCUUUAUCUGAUCUAACAAAAACAGGAUUUGGAAGGCUGUCACCACAGCCAACACAAGAAAUAUCUGAACAAUCAUUAUUUGGAUCAGGAUUUGAAGUACCUCCACCGGAACAAUCAAGAGAUUUUCAAUUUGGUCCAUCAUCACAAACAGGUCAGCCAUCAGCACCUGCUGACCCAGUGUUUGGAUCAUCAACAGCAGGAUUCGGAGCACGACCAAUGAUGGCAUCACAGGCUAUGGGAGGAUCAUUAUUUGGAUCAGGAUUUGGAGCACCUCCAUCGGAACAAUCAAGAGGUUUUCGAUUCGGUCCAUCACAAAGAGGUCAGCCAUCAGCACCGGCUGGCCCAGUGUUUGGAUCAUCAACAGCAGGAUUCGGAGCACGACCAAUGAUGGCAUCACAGGCUAUGGGAGGAUCGUUAUUUGGAUCAGGAUUUGGAGCACCUCCAUCGGAACAAUCAAAAGGAUUUGGAUUUGGCUCCUCAUUACCCAUGGUACAGUCAUCAGCACCUCCUGUCCCAAUGUUUGGAUCAUCAGCAGGAUUUGGAGUACCACAACAGGCUGCUAUGGGUGGAUCGUUAUUUGGAUCAGGAUAUGGAGCACCUCCAUUGGAACAAUUAAAUGGAUUCGGAUUUGGUUCAUCAAUGGAACAGCCAUCGCCACCUGGUGCUUCAUCAUUUGGGUCCUCACCAGCAGGAUUUGGAGUACAGCAACAGACUUUUGGAGGAUCAUUAUUUGGAUCAGGAGGCAGAGCAAUGCCACAAAUAUAUUCACUACAGUCUGAUAUGUCUUCAAGUGGUUUUGGGUUUGGAGUACCUAGAAAUAGAUCACAACCAGCUUCUCCUCCUCCUCCACCAGCCGCUCCUCCACUACCUCCUCCACCACCAGUAGGACAGUCCAGAGGGAUUGGCUUUGAGGUAUCACCAAGAAACGAAAUGAUUCCAUGUGGACCUGAAAUUAUAUCUAGAAUGCAAGGAGCAACAGAAGGAGGGCUGCCACCAGCCGCUCCUCCUCCACCUCCACCACUGCAUCCACAGUCAUCACCACCAGCGCCUUCUCCACCUGCACCUUUGCAUUCUUCACUUCUGCGUACACAAUUUAUGCCUCCACCGCCACAGUCUUCUCCACCACAUCCACCAAAACCACGUCAAUUAUUGCAACAACAAAUACAACGUGGAAAAAUACUAAAAAAAGCAAGCCCGAUCAUACGCCCUGCUUCUUUUUGUGCAAAUAUAGCACUAUCUGAGCCAAUACUAGAAAGCCAACAGGAAAUUACCCCAUUAUUAGAUCUUGAAGUUGAUGAACUUUUACCUGAUUUAUACCAGAGACGUUUGGCAGCACCUCCAUCUCCCCCGCCAAUUUCAAGAAAAAAGUCGGAAUCACCUACACCAUUAAGUCAACAGUCUGAGAGUGAUUCAGUGAGGGCUGUAAAACCUCGAUUAAAAAAAAAAAAGCUGAAAAAAGAAUUCACAAUGGCACGUGAUGCAGAAAUUUCAGAUGCAAUUUCAUAUACAGAGGAAGAGCAAGAUGCAAAGAAAAAACCAUCUGGAGAGUUCAUCUUAAAACAGUACUUAGCAUCCCCUGAUCGGAAAGCUAGAGGUCGUUCAAUGGUGAGGCGGUCAUUUACAGGAAAGCCGAAACAAUCAUCUAGUGAGAAUGAAAUGACAACACUGCUUUUACUGGAUGUCACCCCUUUACCUCUUGGUGUGGAGGAUGCAGAUGGCAAUUUUAUUGAAAUUGUUCCCCGAAACACCACCAUACCUUGCAGAAAAAGCCAGGCUUUCACAUGUACUGAUGCUGAUCAGACUAUGGCUGAUAUUCGAGUAUAUGAGGGCUGUUAUAAAGAGGCCAAAAAGAACAACUUCCUGGGAAAUCUACAGAUUGAAAAUAUUGGAGGCACGACUGUGGGCAGCACUUGGGUCACUGUUACCAUCGACAUUGAUGCAAACGGUAUAGUGACUGUGACUGUAAAUGACUUAGAAUCAGUCAGCCUGGGUUCAUUUACUGUAAAUGCAGAAAAGAGAAAACUGAGCCGGGAACAAAUAGAAAAUAUGAUUGAGAAUGCAGAUAAUGUCCAGUUUCCAGGCAAGAUUUCACCAAGAAGAUUCCGACUACCAGCAUUACCAAGUGGACUGACAGAAAAAGCUCUGGACGACAUCAACAGCUAUGGUAUAGGGACGUCAGUUAGUAACAUCAGGAAGAGGUCCCCCAACCUCAGCCUCUCCUCUCUCAGAUCUGUGUUCAAUAUACAACAGAACAACUUAUGGAAACUUGAUGAGAGUUUGGAGGAAACUUUUGGAAUUGAUACAAAAAAAUGCAGGGACAUUCUUCAAAGAGCAGGUUUGCACUCGCUAGGUCAAAAAGUCUCUGAGGAAAGCAUUGAAAUCCUCUCCUCUGCACUGGCCCUGGUCCUCAUUUACAAAGUGAUUGCCCCAGAGUUAUUCCCCAUGGAUUUUUCCAAUCCAAUUACGAUUGCGACAGCGUUCCUAAUGGGAGCCAAAAAGCUGGAUGGAAUGACAGCCGUGGGCGACAUUUUGCCGUUACUGAAGAAAUCAGUGGACACGUACAUAGCCAAGAGGCAGAAAUACGACUGGGUGUGCAGCAUGCUGGAAUUAGGUCACUCUUGGGAGGAAGCGGCCUGUAAGAUGCUGGGGUAUACACAAUCCUCUGUAAGGGACCCAGGACCUGUGUACAUACCCGUUAUGUAAUCAACAAAAUACAUGAAGAUUUUGACAUGGAUAAUUUAUAUUUUUGUUACUGUUAAAAGGUUUUUUAAAUGAAGAAAAAUCCAUUUGUAUUUAUAUACAUGUACUGUAUAUUGUUUGUAUUUAUAUACAUGUACUGUAUAUUGUUUGCCUGCUAGUAACCAUUGCAAGAUAAUUUACUGAUGACAUUAAAAAUAAGAAAUCAUGCAUGGACAAUAUGCCUGCAUGUAUAUAGACUGUACAUGUUGAUGAAAUACGUACUUUCUCUUGGAAAUCCCCCCUCCCCCUCCCCCCCCCCCCCAAAAAAAAAAAAUAAUAACACAAUAAAAAAGACUAACAAAAUAAAAAAGACUAGAAUAAGAUUCAAAAAAUCAAUUGAAAUUGACACCAAAAAAAAAGAUUUUCAAAAUACUGUGGUACCAUGAAAAAAGGGCUCGCCUCAUACCUAAAUUGAAUUAUUAAAUGUUAAUGAUUAUAUUUGAAAUGAAUAUAUGAAAUACCCUUAUAUUAUGAUUUGAAUUAUCAAAUCAAUGAUUAGCAAUAACACAGGCUUGUUCAAUACUGAUUAACAGCUUAAAAGUGUGGGCCAGGCUUGCUAAUAAAAAUCUUGAACCAUUACCAAAACUUUACCUAAAUCUCCAUACAGUACCUUGUACAUAUACUCACCUCAUGUAGUUGAUUAAUGAGGCAGGGUGAUUAACAAAUUAAUUAACCAUCACGCCUACGCUUGAAUACAAGUAACGAUUCCUUUGCAGCCAUAAGGCUUUAAGCUUAUAAUUUAAAUGAAAAAAAAAUCAAAUAUACCAGUAUUAGUGUUAAAAAUAUUGAAUAUCUUUCUAUAUUUGAACAAACAACUCUUCUUCUCCAGGAGAUUUUUAUAGCAGUUGUGUAGAACGUUUACAAAUUAACAUCCAGCCCUCUAAAUGUACAUGUAGUGUAUAAUUCUGUAGACAUUACACAUAGCAACAUACAUAUAUUAGUGUAUAUUUACAUUUCCCAGUGUCUUUGCCUGUGAUAACACUAUGUAUCGAUUUUGUACUAUAUAACCCAUAAUACAAAUGACGCCAAAAUGAGGCGCCAGCGGGGUUUGUUUAUUUUUAUUUAAGUAUUUGAUCGUACGAUGGCUAAAAAUUAUAUAAAUAUAAGUAAUAAGGAAUCAUUCUUUGAAUAUUAUGAGGUAAUAAUUUUGGUUGGGGUGUGAUCGGAUUUGAUCACGCCCCGACCAAAAUUAUCACCUCAUAAUACUCAAAGAAUGAUUCCUUAUUCCUUAUAUAGAUUUUGACUGUGAUAUGCAUGUUCUAACUGAGCACUUGAGUGUGGAAAUCUCCACAUGGUAAAAUGGCCAAUAUAUUAUUUUUUCAAGAUAUCUUACAUGUCGCUAUGUAAAUAAUUAUAUUUAUUUAGGAAAGCUUUCUUUAACACUACAGUUAUCAUUUAUUUGUAAUUUAAUAAAAUUUUAAUGUGAAUCUAUUUAAGGGGCAGAUAAAUUCUAGCAUUUUGAAUUCUUCAAAUGUUAAUGAAAUCAGCUGUUCAUUUUUUUUUUAUUAGAGAUGGAAUUCAUAAUACAACCCAGCAAAUUUUUUUUAUACCACUGGCAGUUAUUUUGUUUGAUACAUACGGUAAUUUUCUUCACAACAAUUUCAAAUUUUCACAAACCAUAUUUAUCAAUCCAAGAUCUAAAUAUUGUAAACACAUAAAAUUGGGAAAAUAAAAUGUUAAUUCAAAUUGUGACCAUGCUCCUUUUAGAUUUACUAAAUGUUAAAGAACAUAAUUGUUAAUCAAAUACAAUGUUAGUGCCUUUACUUUGGACAAUUUUGUCUGUUGUGUACAAUUUUUCUUUAAAAAAAAUAAAGUUGAUAAAUACAUGUA